AUGCACUUCUCAGUUUUGGCACGCAUCGUUUCCGGCGUGGUCAAAUCGGAUAUUGUACAAAUUAAAAAAAUCGGGGAUGGUAAAAUCCUGGUAGAGGUGCGUACGGCAGCGGCCGCUAACAACAUUGUUAACAAUUCUUAUUGGGGAAAGAACAAUCUAAAAGCCUUCAUUCCUUCGUUUCGCGUGCUGCGAACCGGGAUCAUAAAGGAUAUUGACCAGUCUCUCGACAUUGACUGCAUCAAGGAAAACCUAACCUCUCGGGUGCGGGUUAUCAGCAUUCAACGUCUUAAUAGAAGACUGCAUAUUAAUGGGAAGGUUCAAUACGCGCCAUCCAGAACGCUGUGUGUCAAGUUUGCAGGCCAAUGUCUUCCAUCCGAAAUAAUCUUAUUUAAUGCUCGAUAUCGAGUCGACCCGUAUAUUCCUAAGGCAAGGAUCUGUUUUUCGUGUUAUCGAAUUGGACAUAUCAGGAAAGAAUGCAAGAGCAAACCCAGAUGCGUAUUCUGUGGGAUGGAUCCACACAAUGAUGAAGUUUGCCCGCAAAAAGAUAAUGAGCCACAAUGUAUCAACUGUAAAGGUAAGCACCUGGCAACCUCACACCUUUGUCCUACCAUGAUUAAACAUAAAGAUAUCAUUAAACUUGCGUCCAGCAAAAACAUUCCUUUAAUUGAUGCUAAGAAAUUCAUCGCUGAUCCCCAUGC